AUGGCGAGCAUCAACAUGGGGCCGAGAUCGCUGCUGUUGCCGCUCGCAUGGACCCUUCUGGCCUUCCAAACGGCAUUUGUCCGAGGUCUGAACGGCGACGAGGACCAGAGCCAGGACACGGAGUGCAAGAUGAAGAGCGUCACGGUGUCGGCGCUGCCGUUUUUGAGAGAAAACGACCUCAGCAUCAUGCACAGUCCGUCGGCCUCCGAGCCCAAGCUGCUGUUCUCCGUCAGAAAUGAUUUUCCGGGGGAGAUCGUGGUGGUGGACGACCUGGAAAACACCGAGCUCCCUUUCUUCGUCCUGGAGAUCUCUGGGAACUCAGAGGACAUCCCUCUGGUGCGCUGGAGGCAGCAGUGGCUGGAGAACGGGACUUUGCUCUUCCACAUCCACCACCAGGACGGCAGCCUGAACCUCCCGGGGCUCUCCCCAACCGAAGACCCAGCCAGUGACUCUGCAGAGGAGGAGCUCCGCAUCCUGCAUAUAUCUGUCAUGGGCGGGAUGAUCGCCCUGCUGCUGUCCAUCCUGUGCCUGGUCCUGAUCCUCUACACCCGCAGGCGCUGGUGUAAACGCCGCCGCAUCCCUCAACCCCAGAAGAGUGCCAGCGCUGAGGCUGCUAAUGAGAUCCACUACAUCCCCUCAGUGCUGAUGGGAGGCCAAGCCCGAGAGAGCCUGAGGAACUCGCGGGGUCAGGGGCCAAACUCCAGUGGCACCCUCAGCAUCCGGGAGACACCGAUUUUAGACGGGUAUGAAUAUGACAUUACCGACCUGCGUCACCAUCUGCAGCGGGAGUGUAUGAACGGUGGCGAGGACUUUGCCAGCCAAGUCACCCGUACCCUGGACUCUCUCCAGGGCUGUAAUGACAAGAAUAACAUGGACCUCACACCUGCAGUGAGCGACAACACCAAGCUGGCUCUGAUGAACAAGUACAAGGACAACAUCAUCGCCACGAGCCCCAUUGACAGUAACCAUCAGCAGAACACCCUGCUCCCACACAACACCUCCACCAGCCAGCGCAAACGCCUCUCCAGCAACACCCGAGCGGGUUCAACUUUCUUGAACCCAGACGGGGACUCUGGGACGGAGGCAGACAGCGAGCCUCAGCUGGCCUUUUACACCGACCCAAACCGCAGUCGCCGCCGGAGCCGAGGUAUGAGAAACGGUAACGCCAACAGCGCGUGGGGCUCAGGGGCAGGUUCCCCCCGGAGCCCCAUCAAUAAGACCACCCUGACUCUGAUCAGCAUCACCAGCUGCGUGAUUGGCCUGGUUUACUCCUCUCACCUCUCCUGCAGCCUCUCAGUCCGGGUAAUCCUGCAUGUGCCAGAGCACCUGAUCGCCGACGGAUCAAGGUUCAUCCUGCUGCAAGGAAGCCAGCUGGACGCCUCAGAUUGGCUGAACCCAGCCCAGGUCUUGCUGUACUACCAGCAGAACGCCAGCGGGCCCUGGGUGAGCGAGCUUUGCGGACGACGCCUGCUGGACCCCUGUGAACACCAGUGUGACCAGGAGACAGGUGAAUGCCUGUGUCUGGACGGCUACAUGAAGGAUCCAGUCCACAAGCACCUCUGCAUCCGCAAUGAGUGGGGUCCCAAUCAAGGUCCCUGGCCCUACACCAUAUUCCAGCGUGGUUUUGAUCUUGUGAUGGGGGAGCAACCCUCUGAUCGCAUUUUCAGAUUCACCUACACUUUGGGAGAAGGAAUGUGGCUGCCACUGAGCAAAAGCUUUGUCAUCCCCCCUGCCGAGCUGGCCAUAAACCCCUCGGCCAAGUGCAAGACAGACAUGACGGUCAUGGAGGACGCUGUGGAUGUAAGAGAGGAGUUGAUGAUCAGUUCAUCGUUUGACAGUCUCGAGGUGCUUCUCGACUCGUUCGGGCCCGUCAGAGACUGCACCAAAGACAACGGCGGCUGCAGCCGGAACUUCCGCUGCAUAUCUGACCGUAAGCUGGACUCCACUGGAUGUGUGUGCCCCCCAGGCCUGAGCCCCAUGAAGGAUGGAACCGGAUGCUACGAUCACCACAUCGGCAUCGACUGCUCCGACGGCUUCAAUGGAGGCUGUGAGCAGCUGUGUCUCCAGCAGCUGGCCCCUCUAGAGGAUGACCCAACACUCUACAACAUCCAGAUGUUCUGCGGCUGUAUCGAGGACUACAAGCGGGGGCCGGAUGGGAGGUCGUGCCAGCCACUGUCUGAGGCCUGCACUGAGGGAGUUGACUGUGGGGAGACAGUGGACAUCCCUGCUAACCAGACCGUGUUUGGAGACCUUUUCUACGGAUACAACAACCACACCAAGGAGAGCACCUCUGGACAGAUUCUCAAGGCCACAUUCAGGCAGAAGAACUUUGCCCGAGGCAUCGAGCAGCAGCUCCCAGAUGGCAUGGUGGUGGCAUCGGUGCCAACAGAGGUUCAGUGCCAUGAGGAGCUGUCGGACCCGGUGCCUGACCCAGAAUACCUCACAGGUAUGGUGAACUACAGUGAGGUGUCUGGCUACCCCCUGGUUCAACACUGGACGCUUCGCUCGGUGCUUUACCACGUCAAACUCAAUCAGUGGGUCCUCUCCCAAGCCUUCAGCUCGGCCAUCCAUUCGCUGGACGGGGCGACGAUGCGGAGCGACUUUGUCUCCAUCCUGAGAGAGUUCGGGAACCACUAUGUGCAGGAGGCGGUGUACGGCUUCCAGGAGGCAUGCACCAUCUGGUACCCCAACAAACAGGUCCAGAGACAGCUGUGGCUGGAGUACCAGGACAUUAGCAAAGGUAAUUCCCCGUCAGAGGAGUCAGAGGAGCGUGACAAGGAGCCCAGGACGCUGACCUAUCCGGCAUACAUCGCUAGUCUCCUGGACACAGGCGCCAAGCGCAUGGCAGCCGGCGUCCGGAUGGACUGCUCCAGCCAGGGCCAGUGUCCUCGCUCCUGCCACCUCUGCCACAUGAGCCCCGGGACUUCUGGAGGACGCCAACAGUCUGAGCCUGUCCUGCUGCAGAUCACCAAGGCAGCACCCAUCUAUGAACUGGUGUCCAACAAUGAAACCUACCAGGCUCUUCAGGAAGCGAUGAUGAGCAUGUUGUGGUGUUCCGGGAAGGGUGAUGUUAUCGAUGACUGGUGUCGGUGUGAUUCCAGUGCCUUUGGCGCAGACGGGCUCCCCACCUGCGCCCCACUUUUCCGACCUAUGCUGAAGCUGUCUCACACCUAUGAACCCAGUAGCUCAUUGGUCAUCAUGGAGUGGAACCACACUGAGCCACCAAUCGGGGUGCGGAUUGUUGAUUACCUCAUCAGUCAGGAGAAGGUGACGGAGAGGACUGACCACUCCAAAGUUGAGACAGAAACUCUGCUGAGCUUUGUGGAUGACAUCUUGUCAGGGGCCAAGUCUCCGUGUGUGAUGUUAGGCGACAUACCCGACCUCCUGACCUCGUCCAUCAGCAUGAUCGUCCGCUGUCUGGAGCCUGACACCCCGUACAUGUUCCGUCUUUGGGCAGUAGACAACACCGGCCGCCGUUCAAGUCCAAGUGAGGUCACCAUCAAAACUCCUUGUCCAGCUGUAGAUGAUGUCAAAGCACAAGAAAUAGCCGAUAAAAUCUAUAACCUGUUCAAUGGCUACACCAGCGGGAAGGAGCAACAGACAGCCUACAACACGCUGAUGGACCUAAGCGCUCCAACACUGCACCGAGUGCUCUACCAUUACAACCAGCGCUACGAGAGCUUUGGAGAGUUUACCUGGAGGUGUGAGGAUGAGCUAGGACCCAGGAAAGCUGGCCUCAUCCUCUCCAAGUUAGAUGAACUCUCGCCUUGGUGCAAGGGUCUCCUCCUGGAGCCCAAGAUCGGCCUUCGUCGGAUGUCCCUCAAGUUCCUGUCCUGCCGCUACACCGACACCAAGGCCUUCGGGCUGAACUGGGUGGACCUGGGCCAGGACGUACGCAAGGCCUGUGACGAGCAGACACUCGCUGUUAUGUACAACGACUACGGCGAGCCCAAGGAACUCUGAAGGAAGGUGAAUCAGUACAACCAGUAGGCCAAGGCUGCAUUUCAAAAUAUUUUAGUCUGGAUGUGUACAGGAAGAGAACAUCUGUUUUCUUUUAUUCACCAUGGCACAGAUCUGAUUUUUUUUCAUACAGUGUAGCUGUCUAAAUGGGAAAGAAAAUCUGAUUUCAUUUGGCCACUUCCUGUUCAGUCAGCUACAUAAAGAUCAAGUCUGUGCCAUAAAGGGUAAAUGAGCUCCUUGGUGCCUGUUUAAAUCCAAACGUAGUCAGACCUUUAGAAUUUUUUAAUAUCACCUUAUAUGAUGGCGGUCAGUGAAAAAUUGCACCAAAGGGACAGUUUUGAGGUCAAAAAGCAGCCAAAAGUCUGAUAGUGACUUUUUUUUUUCCUUUUUUUUUUGGCAAACCCACACACAGUCCAAAGCCUGGAUAUACUGUUCUUAUUUCGGAUAGCCUCGCUGUGACCGGUUACCCUCUUAGAUCUAGCAUGGAACCGGAAAUUAACACUAUGUUUCUUGGAAAGUUUACAUGAAAAAAUUGGCGCGGGAGAUGCCAGAUCUUUGUGGUUAAAAAUCAUUGCGGCUUUAGUUUCACUGGCACUUCCCAGCCGUUGGUAAAUGAAGCAUGAUCAGUAUUUAACUGGUUCGCAGCUUCUGGUGCUUUGCCGUACACAUUGUUCAUGAGCAAACACACGCCGCCCAUCCACGUAGCUGGUAGGUAAACACUUCACAGGCCAAAACAUCCAGUAUCUCUUUACCAGCUGUGACUUUUUAUUCCUUUGGUGCAUCUCUCCCCCGCUGUUUGAUGGAGGGAAGUUGUGGAUACAUGAAGUCAGAACAAAGACUCGUGGUGCCACUUUUUUUCAGCUCUCAGCCUGGUUUUUAGACAUUUUUUUCCUUGAACACUGAAGUCAGCCUCAUCAGCAGUUUCUUAUUUUGGAGGACGUGUCAUCCAAACACACCGAGCAUCCGAACAAAAUUUUUAAAAAAUGGUCAUUUAGUGACAGUGGAAACAAAGCCAAUAUCUUAACAAGUUAUUCAUGUUUUUAUCAGAUGGGUAUAGCAGCAUGUGAUUAAGGAGCUGAAGAAAUUGCUUGACAUUUUACUGGACAGGUGAAAUAAACAAAGAGAAAACUAUAUAGAUAGAAGAAGGUGGUGUGUGGGGAGUUAUUUUGGUAGCAUAGAUAUUCAAAACCCUCUCUCUCCACCCUGUAUAUAGUAUUAUUAUCUACUUUUAGUAAUAUAACCUACUGAAUGUAGUACCAUUAGUAUGCAUUUAUAAAGACUCUGUGACACAAGUCUUUAACUACAUGACAGAGAUUGAAGGGAAUUCGGGAAGUUGUGUACAGCCUGGUUUGUCUCUACAUGUUGAGAGUUGAACUUGCCAAAACUUUGUAUCAGUAUUUUUGCUUUAUCAUCCGACAGUUUUCAAUUCACUCUAAAUCCAACUAAUCAACAGCAUCAAAGUGAUGAUGUAUUUCCGUCUUGAAAGCAUCAGCUCACAGCCAUUUAACAUCUGAUUCUGUCUCUCUGUAUGUUUACAUCAGACAAUAACUUGAGAUCCUUCCGACUAAUAGGCGCAUCCUUAUUUCAGGGAGUAUGUUUUUGUUUUUAUUUGACGAAGGUGUACUAAAAUGUUUUCGUUAGUGUGCAGUGCCCAUGUUAGAGAUUGAUGUCAAAGAAAUGUGGAUGUAUUUCAACAUUUGAUUUCUAACACGUUUUAUGUGAAUACUUAACUCUUGUAGAUAUUUGUAUAGGCAGCAAAGCAUUUCAUACAUGCAUCAAAUUAUAGCACAGUCAAGUCAUUCUCCCUCUGUAUAUAAAUGUACAACAGGUGAUAUUUUCCAACACAUGUGUGCGUUAGAUGGCAACAUAUUGUACUGUAAUUAAUGCUGUGUAGGUUAGUCUUUGCUAUCUGAUUAAUCCACUGAUUCCAGCUCUAAUGCUAAGUGCAGACAGGUUUACUUUUUGCUUAUUUUUGUGAUCUGAUUGCAACCUAAACCAUUUCUGUUCACCUGCCAUUUGAAAAGGGUGCUACCUUUUCCAACACAAGUACAGAAAGGGGCAAAGUUAUGGUUCUUAUCAAAUGAUUACAAGUUAUUAAAGUGCUUGGUCGACACCAGCCUGUGCUCUGUUGUUUAGAGAGACUGGAUGAUGAGCUACGGGUAAGCAGCCACAGAGUUUGGGAAUAAAACCCUUCAUCAUUUCACAUUAUUUAUAGGCUCGCUGUAUCCUUGUUUCUCUGUUUAUUUGAUUAUAAAAUGAUAUUUAUCCUUUGGUUACAGGUAAAUGACGAAAGCGGCAUACUAACUGAGUAGAAACAUUAAGAGCGACUGAAUACAAAAUGUAUAUAAAUGGUGCAGGCAACAUGAGGUUGGGACCUCUUAACUUUUAGGACAAACAUGAAUAAACAUCUAUUAUCUGCAUGAUAUACAUGUCUGUACUGUAUGUGGCUAAUAUAACAUCAACUUUUUCACUUUGAUCUUUGCUAUUUCAA